AUGGAGCAUCGUCAUUACGGCUGUAAUACAGAGGGAGAGGGAGGUUCAGCCAUGGACUUAGAUCAUCGCCAAGAAGAUCAAGAGAAGGGGGAGGAAGAUCCUUUCCUCAGAUUCGUCGAUUACUCAAGAACCGAGCUAUUAUCACUGGAAGACGAUCCAAACGGAGAUGCUGCGAGUACUGUUGGAUAUGGUUGGAGCUGGAUCGUAUCUCAUAUUCUCAAGACUUGCAUUGCUUAUUCAAGCGGUGUCACUCCUGCGAUCUUGCUAUCUGAACUCUCUCAGUCAUGGAGUGAACAACGCAGGGUUGGGGCUCCGAAGAAGAGGCUCGAAUUAAUUAACCAUCUCAAGAAGGAUCAUCGGAGGACAAAGCUUCCAAACACUGUUACCAUUGAUUCCAUAUACGAGAAAAAUUUCCUGUCCUUGAACAGUGUUCUGGAAGCUGUUAUUAUCGAUGCAUUUGUACUCCCAGGCACAAACAUCCACAUGCUUACUUUAGGGGAUUAUUGGAGCUCCAAUAUCAUAGAUCUCUAUCUACACCGCAGAUUCUAUGAUUUGGCAGGCCUUCAGAAUGGAAUUCUGAAGAGAGGGAGGGAGGUUUUCCUCACUGGAUGCUACCUCCGAACUGCCACUGAAGGUCAUGGUUAUCCACGUCUUUUGCCAACAGAGUAUCUUGUGAUUAUCUUGGAUGAGAAUCAGGAUGAUGAUGCAAUGCUACUAGGAGCUCAGUUUUGUUCAGACUCUUUCUCUUCAAUUUCUCUUGAUGCAGUGAACAAAGGGGUUUCCUAUUCACUUUAUGCAAGGAUUGAAAGCAUAGAAUCUGCGGAAAUUCAAGGGAGUUCUGGAAGCUUACAGAGAAAACAGAUUACUCUUGUUGAUGGUGAUGGUGUAACAUUAAAGUUUUUCUUGUGGGGUGAACAGACUCUCCUUGCCAAUCUUUUCAGAGUGGGAAGCAUGCUUGCACUGGACAAACCAUAUAUUGCAAGCUCUGUAGAGUGUGAUAUUAAAUCAAGCGAGGAAUUUUGUCUCGAAUAUGGAAGUGCAACACAAUUAUAUUUGGUGCCUUACAUUCAACGUGAAGAACAGGUCUGCGUAACAAUGACACAAAAUCGCCAUCAGGGUUCAAGGCCCUUGGGUUCGUAUAAUCCUAGUCAGGGUCUCAGGUUUUCUCAAGUGAGCUUGCCCUGCGAUUCUCAGGGGACCAUUGAUUUCAGUAAUUACCCUUUUCGGACAUUUGUGGAGGACCUUCACAACAAGAUGACCAGCAUCAGCCUCUAUGGUGUUGUUACAGAUAUUAUCAAAGAAAAUAAUAAACAAGAAACAGUUUUCUCUUUAAGAAUCGAGGAUACUAGCGGAGUAAUUUGGGCAAAGCUUCAUUUUGCCAGAUUUUGGUCAAUGGGAAGAGUAAGUCUCGGUCACACUGUUUUUAUAUCUGGCUUGACGUGCAUGAUGUCCAAACAAAGGAGUCUGGAAGUGUCUUGGUUUGAGAAUGGUAUUGGGGCCUCUUUCAUUAAUCUCAGUUGCUUACCAGCAUUGAUCAACUCAUCUUGCCUUCAUAAGCUAUCGCAACUCUCUGAUAUUUCUAACGUGACUAGCUAUGCGCAAGUAAGAGUUUGUCGAGUCUGGCUUGAUCCAAUUGAGUAUUAUUACGUUAAUACAAAAUUUUCACAUUCUCUCUGUGGUCACUUUGUCAACAAAAUGGCUAGUGGAUUUAUGGAAUGCAGCUUUUGUCAUAUAAUUGAUGAUACUGAGAUAGUCCGAACUUUCCAUUUGAAAAUUACUCUUGCAGAUAAGAGUACGAAAGUUUUAGCAUGGUGUACUGGUCAAACUGCUAUGGAUUUGUUGCAGAUAUCUCCGGAGGAGUUUUAUGAACUUCCCGAGGAAGAACAAUUAAUGUAUCAUUCGUCGUUAGAAAAUGAGAGGUUUAUGGUUGCAUUGGUAAAUUGUAAGCGGGAAGGCUGUGUGAAUGAUGGCCUUUUGCCAGACGAUUCUAUUUCGUGGGAAGUCACUCGUGCAUACAAGUGUGAAUGA